GCAGCCUGCAGCAACAGCAUGGUCCGGCCCCUUGCCGAGGACAUCGCUAGCGCGCUGGCCGAACUGCCCCGCUCGGCGCCGGACGCCAUCGUAUUGGCCAGGCGCAUCGCGCUUGCGCUUCCGAGCGCGCAAGCGGCAGACAUGCCAGCCAUGCUCGCUUGCCUUCGCCAGCUGGCCCGUAAGUACCCUCAUCGCCUCUUCAUCAUCUCGGCCCUCUGGUCGCCUGCGUUGGCGUCGCUCCUCGUACAACACGCCAACGCGCCUCACGCCAACGUGGCGCGCCUCGUCGCGGUCGUACUCACGUGCCCAUCUUUCAAGGGCUCCGUGGACGGUAUCAAGGCCCUCUUGUUCACACGCAGCUUCCUGCAGCGGGUCGGGGCAGGCCUUUCCGCAUCCGACGACCCGCUUGACAGCACCAUCUACGCGUGGGCGGAUCUGGCCGCGCAGGUGGCACGCCGUAGCGAUAUUGCGGCCCUCGAGCGACGCGGCGCGGAACAGGCCAAGCACCCCGCGACGGCCAGCCGAGUACUCGGCGCCGCCAACGGCAUCCUCGCAGACCUCAAGGAGCUCGCCAAAAACCCAGACGAGACUUGUGGGGUGCUGCUCAUCGUGCUCGCGUACGUGACCCGAUACGGCCAAGAACUCGCAGAAAGUACGCCGGCCGAGCUCGUCGCCUUGGCCGCUGACGUGCAGCAGUUUGCCGGCAAAGACAAUACGCCGGCCACCCGCGAUGUGGCGCUCGACGUGCUCACGGCGAUCGUCUCGCGGACGAGUACCUUCGACCCCGCGUUCUUGACGAGCAUCGCGACGGACCGCGCUGCCUCGGACGCCGAACGGCGCUUUGUUGCGGCGUGCGUGCUUGCCGCGCCGACGCUCCAGACGGUCGAUGAGGCACAACGCGUGCUUGCGUCGGCGCUCCCCAGUGCUUUUGAUGCGGCGCCCACUUCUCUGGUCGUUCUGGCGCUCGCAUUGGCCGACUUGGCGCCGUCUAGCGGGCCCAGCCUCCAAAAUGUGGUAGCUGCAGCGCUGGGUCUUGUGCUUUCUCGCGAUCUGCAGCUCGCGUUGGGACUCUGCGUGGCCGUGCUCGGCGGCGCAGGCGGCCCAUUCCAAGUAUGGCAAUUUGUGGCUUCGCGCCACGAACGCCAAUUCCACGCCGAGGCUCUCCACGUCGACGAGCGCAGCUCACUGUCGACAUCAUGGGCAGCGAUUACCGAGGCAGCGCCAAUGGCCUCUAGUCCGACUAUCGAGUCGCUCGUCGGAAGCGCCAAAGAGCCAGACGCCGCCGCGCCAUCCACGCCCAACGUGCGCUUCACGCCUGCACUCCCGGGUUUCGUCGAUGUCGCAGCCGUGCGUGCGAUCAGUGACACGAUGGAGCGCCUCAUCACUGUCUCGGUUCCCAGGUCGCUCGAGCAAGACAUGCGCAUGUGCGAGCUCGCUGCAAUGUCCAGUGCCUCGGUGCCUGCGCUCCGCAAGCGCAUGGUGGACGGCUUCUUGACGCCUCUUGUGAAGCGCAUGCCCUCGAGCGUGCCGGUCAACGUCGUCCAGGAGUUGUACGACGUGCUGCAUAUGCUGCGCCAAUGGGACGUCGCGACCUGCACCCCUACCAGGAACGACGUCGACGACUUCUUCGGGCCACUCCAAUCCGAAUUGUGUCGCAUGAUCGGCGAAACGCGCGACAACGCCAAUGUGUGCUUCUGGGCGUGCAAGGCCUAUUUGAUUGUCGCUGCUGACGACUCGCGCUCGUUGGCCCCGGUCGUGGACGCUCUUCAAAGCGACACGGCGCUUGCGUUGGUGCCACUUUUGUGCAACUCAGCGCGCGCCGGCACGGCGCUGACCAUUGUCGAGCAGGCAUGGAGCAGCGCGCUCGUACCGUCAGCCCGUGCACUCGCUAUGCUCGGCCGCUCGUGCGGUACCGAAAAACAGCACAGCAGCCGCGUCUGCACGCUGCUUAAAAAGGUAGACGCCGCUGCGUCGAUCGAGAUUUUGCACGCCUUCGCCGCUUGGCUUCCCGUCUGUGCCUUCACCAAGUCUACUCUGGAAGACGCCUACCGAAAUGCCUACAUCACGGUGGCUCACAAAGCCACGUUUGUACUGGCGCUCUCGAAGACGGUCAAGAUCAGCGAUGCCCUUUGCUGGCUGGACACGGUGACGACACACGUUGUCAUGUCGGAUGUGUGCAAGCUUGCGUGCGUCCUCGCUGCGUCGCAUCGGCCUUGGCUGCCCGUCGUCGUUGCAUUUUUUGCGCGACACAGCGAGGACGAGGUCGUGGCCACCAACGUCCGUGCACACAUGGCAGCGCUCGCCAACGUGUACGAGUUCAAGUCGGCAACGGCGAUGGCCCUCAACUUGCUGUGGCCCAUUUUGUGGCGGUACGCUGAGCUCACGGAGGAGCUCGCGUACGACGCAACCCUCGGUCGUCGUCUCGCCGCGUUCCCUGCGCACAUUUUGGGGUUCUCGUCCACGAAAGACCCGGCCUUUGCCGCCAUCUUCAGUCCAUUUGUAGCGUUUUUGGCCCACGCCAACGUCUUUGACCGAAACGUCGUCAAGGUCCCCCACGCGCUACAGUGCGACGACAACGAGACGGGGCAGAUCCUCGCGGCGCUCGGGCGACGCACCAAGCUGCCGAUCACGUCGACGGCGGCGACUUGUCGGGCUCUUGAACACGGGUUUAGCCUUCUUGAAGUGCUUCCUGGUGUCGCCGCGUGGCUUGAACGGGCUGUGCUUCCACGUUUGACCGCCGCGCAUUGCGCCGCCACCGCCACGACGGUCAGCUCAGUUCUUUUUGCCGCGCGAGACCCUGGAGCCGUCGCGGCUGCACUCAAUGUGCUGCGCUCGGUCUUCCGCAGUGGCUUGCCCGUUGCUGUGGAUGACGGCGAUGCGCAGUGGGUCUUGUUACGGUGCUGUCUGCACCACAUUGUCGCACACCCGGAGCUCGUGAUGCCCUUGUCCACCAUGGUCGGAUGCUUUUCCCGCACCGUGGCUUUCAUCCAACACAAGCAGCGACUCUGCGACGGCAUUGCCGCGCUGGAAGUCGAUGGAAUCGUCCGACGUCAACUUGAUUGGGUGCUUGAAGACUGCCAGCCGGACGCCAGACAGUGCCUCCCGGCGCUUGCGGCCAACGACGGCAGCUCCACGCGGCAACCAUUCACGAGCGUCCACUUGGCCUGCACGGCACCCACCGCGCUCUAUGCGUCCAUGCUUUGCGCGGACGACGCGACGGUCGUUCUGCACGCGUUGCUCGGGCUCAAGGUGCGCUACGCUUCGCCGGCUGCCAUGUUGCACAUUGCGACGUGCAUCGGGCACGGCCGUGUCGCGCUACCGAUGGCGCUUGAUGGCAAGCAGUGGAGCGCCAUUCACGAGCGUCGCCGCUCGGUGGCCCUGCCUCCUCUCGGCGGAAACGACCGCGAGAUCCUCGUUGCCUCGGUCCACCAACUUGCCUUGGACGCCAACCUGACGGCGGCGAUCCCUGCCAUGCGUGUGUGCAGCGCGUACCCGCAAGGAGAAGAAUGGUCGCGCGUGAAGGCCGAGUGCGCGCCCGGGACGCUCCCGGUGACGUGGGCGAGCAUGUAUGGCAAGCCCGUUGACGACUGGGUCAAGGACACGGCACAGAACGUCGUCGCAUGCUCCAACGAGCCGUAUCUUGCGGCGUGCACCGACUUGGUGGCUUGCGACGUCGGUAUCGCGCGACAGUGUCUGGCCAUCGGCCUUGAAAAGGUCUUUCGCGCGAAUGCACACGACGCCAUGUUUGCCCCCACGAUCGCAAACGUCGUCGUGGACGCGCCCGUGCUUCACGGUCAAGUGCUCAUCGAGGCUCUCCUUCGCGUGGCACGGACGGCGCCCAAGCUGCCACGACUCCUUCUUGCUCGGCACGCGCUUCGGUGCAACAUGCCGUACUCGGCGCUCCAGUGCAUCGAACUUGCGGCCGCGGACGACGUGAAGGAUCUCCUUUUGGACGCGUACAAUGCGAUUGACGACGCCGCCAGCAACGCCAACGCGUACUGGGCGUCGACGCCGCCAUCAAAGCGCCUGCGUGACUACGACGGGGUUGUGGCCGCCAUCAGUGAGCGCUCGAGCUUGGGUCUGGACUCGCCGAGCACGAGCAAGAGACUCAUCAACAACUGCUUUGCCGCUUUCGAGGCUGGUCAGCACGCUCGUCUGGCGUCACUGGUGGCGAUAGCCAAGCAACGCAUCCUGGAAGGCGUCUCGCUUAUCAGUUUCGAGCCCACGAUCGCGACCGCCAAGGCCGUGCUGCACCUCCAAGUUCUGGCCAGGAUCGAAGACGCCAGCACUCAUCGCCAGAUCCAUGGCGACGGGUUGGCGCUCAUCAAGCGUUGGGAGGAGAGCCACGAGCAGCUGCACGCCGAGCCGAGCGCGCUCUCGCACCUACGCAGCGUCGAGAAGCGGCUCCUUACCGUUCUUGGCGGCUUCGACAUGCGAGAGGCGACUCUUUCGGACGAGCCCAAGACAAAGCUUCCCGGUCAGAAAAAUGAGUCGUCGGUCGUGGCAACGCUCCGCGAGCUUGCCGAGAGCCUCCGACGUCCCAGUCGGACACGCGAUGCCUCGGCUCUUGGCUUUUUCAUGCACUGGCUCGAGCACCGAGAUGCGACCGGCGUGGCCGACUGCAUCAUACGCGAACUUUUGAUCUCGGACAAAAGCGCGAUUGUGCCGACAGUCGUGCUGGUGCCGCACGCGCAUGCUGUCGUCGCGCAAUUUUUGCUCGCUUUCGAGGGCGCCGAAAGGGCGUUCAAGUCCGCCACAGCAGCUUCGAUUUUGACGGAGAAAUUCAAGAAGGCCACGAAGGCUUUUAUGGAGCAAGAUGCUCUCCACAUCGUGCUCGCCGAUUUGCUUGUCCGAAUGACUCAGGAUCAUCCGUUUCACAUGCCCCAGAUCAUCGUCCAGCGGCUGUACUGUAAGCCGCCGCCGACGGCAACGCCGCCAGAGCUCCUCCCAGACGUCGCGCUCUCGUUUGUGCUCCGGCGCAUGACCAAAAUCCCCCAACACACACGUGACCUGGUCAACGCCACGUACUGUCUGGCCGUCAUGUACGAGCGCAUCGCCAAAGUCGUCGUCACCGAACGGGUCCACAAGUUUUCAGAAUUCAAAGAGUUCGAGAACGCUCGCCCCGACGCAAGCGAGACGUUGCUCAAGGACGCGAGUGAGACGUGGCUCAAGACGGAUUGUGUCGUCGCGAGCGAAGAGCUGAUUGAGAAGGAUCGGCUCAUCACGACCGAGGCAUUGCGCAAGAAGGGUAGCCCCGAAAUGAUGAAGGCGCUGAACAAGGAUCACGUCGUCACGAGCAAGGCGAAGCCCAAGAAGGACGGCCUCGACGCGAGCAAGACGAAGCCCACGAAUGCUCGGCCCGUCGUCUGGACGGCCAAGAUCCCUCUGCGAGAAGACUGCCUGUACGACGCGAGACAAAUUCCGUUUGUCGAAAACUUCGACGCGACGUUUACAACGGCCGUUGACGGACAAUCGAAGCCCAAGAUCGUCACGUGCAACGGCACGGACGGCAAAGCGUACAAGCAAGUUGUCAAGCUUGGCAACGUGCUUCCAGACGUUGCUGUCAUGCGGCUCAUGCAUUUCUUCAACACGUCGCCGCUACGGGCCAACAAGUUUGCCGGGAUGUUUCGCACCUACAUUGUGAACGCGAUUGCAGAUAUCGCCGGUGUUCUCGAGUUUGUCGGCGGCGCCGAAGCACUCUCGUCCCGCAUCCUCGAAGACGACCCGACACUCGCGACCAUGGAUCGUUGGGACGCCACGGUGGGCAAAAGCGGCGCAAACACCACAGUGCGCCUCCAGGUCAUGGACAGUGCUCCCGUCACGCUUGGUCGGUGGUUUCUCAGCACGUUCCCAGACCCGUACGCGUGGUACCAAAGCCGACUCACAUACACGCGUACGCUCGCGGCGUCGUCCAUGCUGUGCAUUUUGAUUGGUCUGAGCGACCGGCAUUGCGCGAACGUUAUGUUCGACACGACGAGCGGCGCCGUCGUCAACAUUGAUUUUGGCAUCGUUUUUGAUUGCAACUUCGGCGGCGGCGAGGUCUCCGAGGCUGUGCCAUUUCGAUUGACGCGCAACCUGGUCGCGGCCCUCGGACCGAGCGGCACGGGUGGCUUGUUUGCCGUGGCAUGCGCCGAGACGCUCGAGUUUGCGCGCCAGCACCAAGACGAGAUCCUGCAACUCCUCAAGAGCGACCCGGCCGUUGCGAAAGAAGCUGUGCACUGUGUGAAAAGGCGCUUCAAGAAGUACGUGCCGCCCCAAGUCCCAAUCACCAUGGACACAGUCUCGAAGCUCGUGGCAGUGGCAACGGAUCCCAAAAAGCUCGCCACAAUGCCCACGUCGUGGGCGCCGUGGUUUUAGGCUGAUAGCAGUUGUACUCACUCAAAUAGAUUGCGGUAUGUUUGCAGGCAA